AUGAAAACAAUCUUUUUACAUCUUGUCAUUUUUUACGGUUUUAUUAAUUUGACUACAUCCAUUACAAGUGAAUUACCAAUCUAUAACGUAGUUAAUGAUAUAUUAUCAAUCGGUCGUUAUGGAAGUAAUGGAAAAUAUAAUCCGAACAUCGAUCUCAACACUGGACAGAUAAUACGAAGACAUGGUUAUCCUUCUGAGGCACAUUUCAUAACAACGGAGGAUGGUUAUCUUUUGACACUACAUCGAAUUCCAGGGAAACCUAAAUCUCACCCCGUUCUGUUACAACAUGGUAUACUUUGCAGUUCCGUUCAUUGGGUACUCAACGGUCCAAAAUAUGCUCUUGCUUUUGAAUUAGCUGAUAGUGGAUAUGACGUAUGGCUUGGUAAUUUUCGUGGUAACGUUUAUACAAAAGCUCACGUGAAUAUGUCAACAGCUGAUCCCAACUUUUGGGAAUUUUCUUUUCACGAAUUAGGUAUAUACGACUUACCAGCAAUGAUAUCAUAUAUUACAAAUCUGAAACAAAGCAAUUUGACAUAUAUCGGCCAUUCUAUGGGAACAACAGCAUUUUAUGUAAUGUCCAUCAUGAGACCAGAUAUUGCUAGUAAAGUUCAAAUGAUGUUUAGUUUUGCUCCAGUUGCUUACAUGGGCCAUUUAAACAGUCCUAUAGAUAUUUUAGCUCCUGUUACAACUAAUUUAAUGUGGUAUUUUCAUGAAUUUGGUGAAAAUGAAUUUGUUCCACUAAACGAUGUAAUCUUGACUUUCGUUAGAUACUUUUGCGAUAGUGGUUUCAUUCAACAAGAAAUAUGCUUUACGGUACUAAGUAUCAUUGUUGGAUUCGAUAAAGCUGAAAAUAAUAAUACGUUACUACCUGUCAUUAUGGGUCAUACUCCUGAUAGUACGUCUUAUAAGACAAUAAAUCAUUAUAAACAAAUGAUAUCAUCUGGUAAGUUUCGACACUAUGAUUACGGACCGAUAAAAAAUCUAAAAGUUUAUAAUAGUGUAACCCCUCCUGAUUAUGACACGUCGAAAAUUUGUGUACCUAUAGCAUUAUAUUAUGCUGAAAACGAUAAUUUUUCGGAUGUUACGGAUGUUCUUCGUUUAUCGAAGGAAUUAAAAUAUCUCGUGGAUCUUUAUAAGAUACCAUUUAAGAAAUUUAAUCAUUUUGAUUUUCUCUUUGCUAUUCAUGCACCAAGUUUAGUUUAUACUAGAUUACUCCAGACAUUGAAAGAGAAUACAAAUAAAGCUCCAACUAAUUGUUAA